AUGACCUCGGUCGGCCAGCCCGUCAUGGGAGGACAUUCUCAGAGUAUGUUUCCCUCUAUGGCAACCAACGGAGAAUCUCCUAAUCCUCUCAACGUUCCUUUCCCGAAUAGUGCCCUACGAAAUGAACAUUCACCAGUCUCAACGGAUACAUUUACAGACUCCACACGACAGGCUCUAUUAGCGAGCAUGUCGACCCCCACUGGCUUCAAUCAUCGCAAGUAUUCCCAGCCCGCAAGUGGACUUCUAAACAGUCGCGAGUUGUUCGCCCGUUCGACUGGCUUCAACAGCUCCAGUCAACUGCCCAGCACCUCGGACUUACAACGGUACAUUUCGGCCUACAUCACCUACUUCCACCCCCACAUCCCGUUUCUCCAUAUCCCCACGCUCAAUUUCCAAGCUCCUCAGUAUACAAACAACCUGCGCACGCCAAGCGGACACCUCAAUCUCAGCUCGACCGGCGUCGCUGGAGGCGGGGGUUGCCUGAUCCUCUCCAUGGCGGCUAUUGGUGCUCUGUACGAAUACGAAUCUGCCGCCUCCAAGGAUCUCUUCGACGCCGCGAAAAAGAUGAUUCAGUUAUACCUCGAAGAACGACGAAAGGCCGACAUGUCUGCUGCUCUCAAUCGUUCACAUUCCUCCCGCGAUAGCUCAGUACACAACACCCCGCUUUGGUUGGUACAGGCAAUGCUCUUAAACGUUAUAUACGGCCAUACCUGCGGUGACAAGACAUCCGCAGACAUUGCUAGUACACACUGUGCUGCUUUGGUCAGUCUUGCACGCGCAGCCGAAUUGACACAUCACCUGGACCCCAAGAACCUGCCGCAAGAUCAUCUUGUUGCUGGUAAAAACGGAAAUGAUUCUGCUGGUGACUCGGAAAACUGGAUGUCUUCGUCGUUUAGUCAACCGAAAGAGCGCCGAGAUUGGCUAAAUUGGAAGAUAGGAGAGGAGCGGAAACGUACCCUCUACGCUAUCUUUGUUCUUUCCAGCUUUCUCGUCUCCGCCUACAACCAUUCACCGGCACUCACAAAUUCGGAAAUUCGCCUUGAUCUUCCCUGUGAAGAGGAUCUUUGGGCAGCCGAAUCACCCCAGGCCUGGAAGCAGAUGGGCGGCCAAACAAAAACCUCGUCCUUUUCUACUGCUUUGACGUCUCUUCUGAUUGCCAGCCAACGAGAGCAGAAUCAAUCGGCGAACUUGUUCCACAACUCUGACGAUCUCUCUAAUUCUGAAAACCGCCCAAGUACUUUCGGCUGCCUGGUACUCAUCUACUCACUACACAACUAUAUCUGGGAAACUCGCCAAAGGCACAUGGGCCGACAAUGGACACCGCAGGAGACCGAUGCUAUGCAAGCCCACAUCGAGCCCGCUCUACGGGCAUGGCAAGCAGCAUGGGCCAGCAACCCUGUCCACAGCCUAGAGCGACCGAAUCCGUUCGGGGCUGGACCUUUGUCUGCAGACAGCAUCCCCCUCUUAGAUUUGGCCUAUGUUCGUCUAUUCGUCAACCUAGGCCGAUGCAAAGAGGCGUUCUGGCAACGCGAUUGGAAUGGCAUGGCGGAUGAGCUCGCACGCGGUACUGAGAUUUUCCAGCACUCAGAUGCUGCAAUGAACGACGUUGUCGAUCCGUCUCUCACGGGUCACAUUGACGUGAGACGAGACUCCAUCGCCGAUUUAGGAGUAUCAGAUCUAGCCAUCUCCAAGACACCGACACAAGACGAUCCCAUGCAUGCUCUCUCCAAUAUAUAUAAGAUGGGCCAACCUAAGCGUGAAAAGCACCUGCGCAAAGCAGCAUUCUACGCAGCAGAUUCUAUAUCUAUGUCGGAUCGUCUUGGUAACACUUUUGCCGAGUUCUCGUCGCGUGAACUACCCAUCCAGUGCGCGUUGUGUGCUUUCGAUUGUGCACAGGUGCUCGCGGAGUGGAUCACUACUGUUCAAGAACGGGUGGGCCCCUACCUUGGUAUCCUUGGCCGCGACGAUGUCGACUUGACUCAAGUACCUGGAGUCAUGCUACUAGAAGACGAGGACUGCAAGCUAGUGGACAAGAUCAAGGAGAUCUUGCGGAGUAUUGAGAUGAAAAUGCAGCGCCAGUACCAAACUGGAAAUUCCAUGUCCGCGCUGAGUGCUGUGCAACGGCUACCCAGUCUUGUGGAAGGAGGAUACGGAUGUAAAAUAUUGAUUGCGACAGCCAGUCUUUUGGAACGAGCUGCUGUCUGGCCAGUGACGAAACUGAUGGCCCGCUCUCUGGAAGCCCAAGCCAUGCGAAUGAAGGAGCGUACCGAGCACUCCGUGAUGAUGACCCCUUAAUGACCAUUCCCACC